CAAAAAACACCAACAGAGCUUCUAACUCUCUCCUACUUCCUUCCUUUCUCACUCUAACGUUUUGCUCUUCCUUAUACUCACUUUACCUUCGACUUUUUUCACUUCUCUCUACCCUCUUUUCUGUUUCCCUUGAUCCCCCCCCAACCAAGGCUGCUUGUCCAGCCUCUUCUGCUUCUUCACAAACAUCUUCGAGAGACACCUGUAGUUAUUUAUCACUAUAAUCCAACUUUUCCCCCAUUUCCACACCCAUGGUCCCACCACACCGGUCCCGUUAGAGCGCCAUCGUCAUGUUACUCACCCUGCAACCGCCCUCGAACCACGCCUUCAAACCCUUCCAUGACUACUCCCCCCCCACACCGCCAUCCACGUCGCGCUUCUCACCAGCCCUCAUAACCUCCGGGCCCGCCUACCCUCCGCCGCCCAGGAUCACCACUCCUCCCUCGAUGUCUACACCGCACCGCGGCCUCCCCCAUCUCGCCGUUCCCGCCCUGCCUUCCUCCCAAUCGCAGCCCUCCCAGUCCCAGCCCGCCCAACAGCCGCCAGCUCCCGCACAGCCUAUGACGCAACAGCAGCCGCUUGGCCAGCUACCCUCGCCGCCGCAACAAUGGCAUGGUGCCGAGGAUUCCAUGCGAACCUGGCUACAGGCGAAGGCGGAGGAGGACAAACGCCGCCAGGAGGAGGAGAGGACGGCCCAGGAGUCCCUACGCCUCGAGCAGCGCCGCACCGAGCACGAUAUCAUCCGCACUUCGCUGAGCGGCGGCAUUCCACCUCACCUCAUUCCAUUGGUCUUCGCCGGCAUGGGCAGUGGCAACCUACCUAGCGCAGGUCUAGAAUGGGCGCAGCGCUACGUGGCGCAGGAACAGCCGCAGCUCCAGCAGUUGCCGCCGCCGCCGCAACAGCAAUCCACCAACUCUCUCGCUGCAGCGCAGCCUGCCUCGCCCAUGCUAAGGAGGGAGGAUAGACAAAUAUCCCACCCGUAUGGACACUCACACCUAGCUCCCGCUCUAGUCCCGUCGACGCCCGUCGCCUCUCUCACUCAACAAACCCCCUUUGCACAAAGUCAAGGACAGGGUUACCCAGCUUCUCCACCGCGCUCGCGGACCCUCCCAGGCCCCUCAGCACUCGCGCGCACCCCGCAGUCCGUAGGCCUCCCGCGCUUAAACACAGGCGAUUUCCGGAUCCUGCAGUCCGUUCCGCAAUCUCAGUCUCAGUCGCAGACGCAGCCUUCAGAACCCUCUCCACAGCAGAGUCCAGGGAUCUACUUUCACCACUGGCAGCCACCAACCUCUCAGGCGCCGCCGCCGCCGAGCACGCAGCCGCCUACGCCAUCAGAAGCGCCCCGCGCUUCAUCCCCUCCGAAGAAGCGAAAAGCGCAAGGUCCUCCACCAGCGAGGCACCCCCACCACUCGCCGCCCUACUCCCAGGGCCCCGCCCGUCGCCGCGCACACUCCCACCGCAGCGGUUCGCUAGAUCCGGCGCGGCGCGCACAGUUCCAGGAUGGCGAAUCGGCGCCACGAUCUCCUGAGGGUUAUGGAUAUGUCGAGGUGGCGCAGAGCGGGAGGAGGAAUACCCUUCACUCUGAGGGCAGGCACCCGUUGCCGAUGCCUCAGCAGCAGCAACAGCAGAGGGGCGCGGAGUGGCGUUAUGAAGAGCGAACACCUGAGCAGGAAAUCCGGCGGAGAGAGGGGAGAGAAUGAGCGGUGUACCUACUUGGACGCGAUGAAAACGCGCAAAAUACCGAGGACCUAGUCUUGUUGAUGGGGAAAUGAACCCUGCUCCAUGACUGGGAGGGGACAGAGAUGAGAGAUUGGGGACGAUACACCCACCAUUUUUACUACUUUGAAUACCAGCCGAUCAAUUGAUGCUGAUGCAACUUUUGCCACAAUGCGGCUAGCACCGCGACAGUUGCGAUGUCUCAGUCUGCGGGCCUUGUGAUAUAUCCGGAUCAGUUCCGAGACAUUCAGCCAGGGGUCACGGACUGAUACCAACCCUUCUUCUGCCAACCCUACUUUUACUUCGAUUCUUUUCAACUUCAUUCAAACGGACGCAUCUUUAGGGGCUUCUUCUUCUUCUUCUUCACCCACUUUUUACUGCUCCGCCGCCGCCACUUGCGCAUUUCUUGAGCUCAGCUUCGGUUUUCACACCAUCUUCUAUUCGGAAAUUCAGAAACGAAUAGAGUACGCAGGGCAUGGCAUCGAGACUUGACCGUUUUCUUCCUCGACCUUUCUAUUUCGUGUGUGUUUGUGUUGUAAUUCAUAGGGCCGGUUCCAGGAUGGGCGACACUGCCACAUGAGAGAUGGAGGAGGGAGGUUUGGAUAGCUUGCUGUUGCGAAGAACGGUGCAGCAGCAUUGUCCGCACCGUUUCGAUCGGCUAUUGCGCGACGGAUAGGGCUUUUGGGCUCGGAGGAGCGGCCCAUGUAAUAUAGACCGAGAACUGGGUGCGUGUAUCUCGAAUAUCGAGACAACAAGGACGGGGGCUUAGAUACGCAUCCGUCUGCUCCAUAAAAACAAGAGAACAGA